CACAUGGAAUCAAGGAAUGAUACACCAAUUUCAGAAUUUCUUCUUCAGGGAUUGUCAAAGGAACCAGAACUGCAGCCCCUCAUAUUUGGGUUUUUCCUUUCCAUGUACCUGAUCACUGUGUUUGGGAACCUGCUCAUCAUCCUGGCUGUCAGCCUAGACUCCCACCUCCACACACCCAUGUACUUCUUCCUCUCCAACCUGUCAUUUGUAGACAUCUGUUUUACCUCUACAACCAUCCCAAAGAUGCUGCAUAAUAUCCACAUACAGAGCAAAGUCAUAACCUAUGAGGGCUGCAUCACCCAGAUAAACUUUUUCCUACUCUUUGCUGGAUUGCACAAAUUUCUCCUUGCUGUGAUGGCUUAUGACCGCUUUGUGGCCAUCUGCCACCCUCUGCAGUACACAGUUGUCAUGAAACCCUGGUACUCUGGAAUGCUGGUUCUGGUAUCUUGGAUGAUGAUUGUUUCUUUACUUUAUUGUAUGAUCCUAGGAGUGUACCUCCGCUCUGCUGCUACCCACAGCUCAUAUUCAAGCACAGUAGCCUCAGUGAUGUACACUGUUGUCACACCCAUGCUGAACCCCUUUGUCUAUAGCCUGAGAAACAAAGACAUCAAGAGGGCUCUGAAAAGAAUCAUCGGCUUGUCAUUUAUAUAA